CUGGGCUACGUCAACCCACACCAAGGGACACAGGGCUGUUGCAAACACUUCCUGUUUCAAGAACUUUUCAUGUUGCGUGUCUUUUCAGGUUAACUUCGAGAAAGACUUUGUUUAAAAAUAACGUUGGUUUCAUGCAUUCAUUAACGUAUUCGUGAAGAAUUUUGAUUAAACCGCCAUACUUCUCUCUACCUGGUGAACUGGUUCUGCACCGACGCUACUUGAAGUUGAAGCGAAGUUAACGGAAAUGAGUUUCUUAUUUGGAAGUCGGUCCUCAAAGACGUUCAAGCCAAAGAAAAACAUUCCAGAGGGUUCUCAUCAGUAUGAGCUCUUGAAGCAUGCUGAAGCCACUUUGGGAAGUGGCAACCUUCGAGCUGCUGUUAUGCUGCCAGAGGGAGAAGACCUUAACGAAUGGAUAGCUGUCAAUACUGUGGACUUCUUUAACCAGAUCAACAUGCUCUAUGGCACCAUUACUGAAUUCUGCACUGAGACUAGCUGCUCUGUUAUGUCUGCAGGUCCCAGGUAUGAGUAUCACUGGGCUGAUGGCACCAAUAUAAAGAAACCAAUCAAAUGCUCUGCUCCAAAAUACAUUGACUACCUGAUGACUUGGGUUCAAGAUCAGCUGGAUGAUGAAACCAUCUUUCCUUCCAAAAUUGGUGUGCCUUUCCCAAAAAACUUCAUGUCAGUGGCAAAGACCAUUCUUAAACGCCUUUUCAGAGUCUAUGCCCAUAUUUACCACCAGCACUUUGACUCUGUCAUACAACUGCAGGAAGAGGCCCAUCUCAACACUUCUUUCAAGCAUUUCAUCUUCUUUGUGCAGGAAUUCAACCUGAUUGACCGCAGAGAGCUGGCUCCCCUGCAGGACCUUAUUGACAAGCUGGGUACCAAAGACAGAUAAAUACAUACUCAUCAUUGAGUCAUCUUUUAGUGCCUCCAAGCACCUUUUCAACAUUUUAUCUUUGUGUUUUAUACUCACUUUUUGGCUUUGUGUUGUUCUUUUGUCUUGUAGCUUUUCCAACGGAGUUAUUUAAAAGCUCAAGUAGGAUAUUUUAAUGCUAGAAUCAGUUCGUUUUUAGAAAUUUCAGCUUCUUUUCAGUACAUGACCUUUUGAUCUGUUUUGGCAAAAAAAAAAGAUUAGAAUGGUGAUCAAUCAUUAUCAAUCAUUCAGGUUUUUUCCAGUAUACUUACAGUAUUUUACUCAAGGUUACAUGUAAGUACACAUACAUGUCUCGAUUGUACUGAUGUACUGAUUGUAGAUGUUCUGUUGAUUUUUUCACUUUGUUAUUUGGGCCUUAUGAACUAAACAAAAGGACCAAGUGUGGGAGGAUAAUUAUGUUUUAAGUGAACCUUCCAUCAGAAUUUUUUAUUAAAACAUUGGAUCAUUUUUAUACAAGCAGUAAUGCAAAAUAUACCUUUUGUAAUCUUUCAAUUUUUUAAUUUUAAUGAAGUUGUUUAAUGACAGAAACGGUGUGUACAUAUUUCACUGUGAGUAUAGAUUAUUGGCACUCCAUUGGCAAAAGUUUAUUUUAAACUGAAAAUACAUUUGUGAUCUUAGGUCAGGUUAGUUGUCUUGAAUAUUAAAAUCUUAUACAGUCACAGUAUUUUUGUUCACAUUUUAGUUACAGUCUUCUUAUUUUACAUGCAUUUAAGUCAUUCUUAUUCCUGUAUCAAAUAUCACCAAUGGCUUGUGCUGGCACACUGUGAUAGAUUUAUUUUUUAUUUUUAUUUUUUGGUAAUAUUUGACAGAACCAAAGUAUUGUAUAUUCAUGCGACAAAAUAAAUGCAAUGUAGGAUACAAUUCCUCCAAGCUGAAAUCAAAUGUAUUUAUUUAUUUUUGGCCAUUAGUUAAAUGCUCACUGCCUGUGUCUACUGUAUCUGCAGUUCUUGAGGAAUCAGCUGUACGCUUCAGGCCAGUGGAUGUCUUAUAUUUUAGUAUUACAGAUUUAUUUGCAUUCAUUUUACAUAACUGUAAAAUAUCAAAUGUUCAAAAUGUUCUUGAUUUCUGUGCUGCUACAGUAGCACAUCAAGUUAAAUAUUGAGUAAAUGUAAAAGUUUGAGCUUUCAAAAGGGUUGAAUUAGUUCUCUAAAAUGUACUGUAGAGAACUAGUACCUAUUUAUAUUUUUAUACAGGUGAUGUUUUCUCUCUCUUUAACUUUCUCACCUUUUUUCAGUUUUCACCUUCCAUUUUACAGCGUUUUCAAAUAAAGAAUUGCUUUAGGUUAUGAUUUCCAGCCAUGUCAGAAUAAUGUAAGGCAUAGGCAUAUUCUUAUAUUUUACUGUUUGUACUAAUAUUAGCUUACAUUUAGUCUUACUAGCAUGAGCUGAACUUUUUGUGCCUUACAGGUUUUUUUUUAAAACUGUGCUUUUUGUACUCAAAAUUGUUAAAUAAACAAUCAGUUGCUGUCUUGCACUCUUAA